AUGGCGCAAAACGGCCUCUACUCCGCCGGCCAGUUCAUGAACCCUGGGCCGGCUCCCAAACCUCCGACAGACAGACCACGACUCAACUUGACCCCAAGUGCCAACCUGCCCGGCAACAUGGCAAACAUGGCUAUUUCACCGAUCCGAAGUACCGCCACAUCGACCUACACCGGUUCUACCAUCUCCUUGCCCAUUGCCCGCCAGCAGUCUAAUAGCAUGGAUGGAAUGGGAGGCGUUGCCAUAAAGAAAGAAGGCUGGGCCUCGGUCAAGGAAAGCAAGAACUUCAUACAACCUUGGAAACAAAAGUAUCUUAUUCUUCGAAAAGAGGCUCUCGACUUUCACAAAACGGAGGGAGGCAAAGUUUCAUACACGUUAUACCUGAAGGAUGUGGUGAAUGUCGGCCGAGUUGAGGCUGCUGGAACCAUUUUCGAGAUCAAACGAAAGCCCGAUGGCGCUUCAAACAGCCCUGGUGACGACGAUGGCCAGACGAAAACCUUGCAUAUCAAGGUCAAGAGUGACGAUGAUCUCUACGAAUGGAUUGACUUCAUCUACGGCGCCUGCCCGGGCAUGGGCGGUGUGAGCAACCCAACCAACUUUUCCCACGCAGUGCACGUUGGUUUUGACCCUCAAACUGGCGAAUUCGUUGGCUUGCCGCCCGAAUGGUCUAAACUACUUAAUUCAUCGGCAAUCACCAAGGAGGACUAUGAGAGGAACCCUCAGGCUGUGUUUGAAGUUUUGGACUUCUACACCGACCUUGCAAAAAGAGCUGAAAACCCCAACCAAUUUUCCAGCAUGACUCCCACGCCCCCAGGAGGCAUGCAACACAAACAACUUGGAACCGGAGCAGGUAUCGCUCCACCUCGUCCAGCUCCUCCUACUCCAGUACAGCGAAAUCCAAGCUAUGGCAGCACAACAACACAGUCUAGCAGUGGUCAGCAACGGCGUCCGACCCUCGUAGAACAACAGCAUCGGCAGCAAAUGCAGAACAUGUCUCCGAAUUAUGCAUCUCAGGAAGCCCUUAGGGAGGAGCAACGCAAGAAGCAAAUGGAAUCCCAGCGCCAGCGUGAGGCAGAAGACCGAGAACGCCGCGAGCUUGAGGCUUACAACUCAUCCAUUCCCAAGAAUAAGGUUCCUAUGGCCCAGCAAGAAAUUGGUGGCUAUGGUGGCGGUAGCUCUGGAGGCUCACCACAUGGCGAUCGAUUUAAUCCCACGAGAGCUGCCCCGCCAGCACCGAAGCCGUCGGGCAGCCCAGCAGCAGCAAAUGGCCUACGUGCUCAGAGACCUGCUCCUCCUCCUCCGUCAUCCAAUGCCCCCCAACGCCCUCCACCAGGAGGCCAACCUGGUCCCCGCGACCCAAGCAGUCAAUCCUCCAGAAUACCUCGAAACGACGGCUCACCAGCAUCUAGAAAUCAAAAUGGAGCUCAGCCUUCUCAACCAAGACAGCCACAGCCUGCACAAGGAGCAUCAAGAUUGCCGGCCCCGGUGAAGCCUCUCAAUGUGGCACCUAAACCAAGCCAAGGUCAUCCAGCAGACGGAGUCAAGGCCGCCGAGGCUGCCCUUAGCGCAAAGCCUGCACCAUCUGAACGCAAGCAGGAUAUCCGAAUGUCGACAAUGUCAGAAAACGAGGUCAUGGCGAAGCUCAAGGAGGCUGUGUCAAAGGAUGACCCCAACAUGUCGUACUCCAAGCAGAAGAAGAUUGGCCAAGGCGCCUCAGGGUCUGUGUAUGUUGCCAAAAUCAAGGAAACUGCUCAGGGUAUUGCCCGUGAAGUUCUGCGGCAACAAGGUCCCCGUGCUCAAGUCGCUAUCAAGCAGAUGGAUCUUGCCCAUCAGCCUAGAAAGGAACUUAUCGUCAACGAAAUCAUGGUCAUGAAGGAUAGCCGACACAGAAAUAUUGUCAAUUUUCUUGACGCUUUCUUGCGAAACAACAAUCAAGAGCUUUGGGUUGUCAUGGAGUAUAUGGAGGGUGGAGCUUUGACCGACGUCAUUGAUCAUAAUCCAUCGAUCUCUGAAGAGCAGAUUUCGACAAUUUGCCACGAAACCUGCAGUGGGCUGCAACACCUUCACUCUCAAAGCAUCAUCCACAGAGAUAUUAAGAGCGACAAUGUUCUGCUUGACGCUCGAGGCAAUGUUAAAAUCACUGAUUUUGGAUUCUGCGCCAAGCUUACCGAGACAAAGUCGAAGCGAGCCACAAUGGUUGGAACACCAUACUGGAUGGCACCGGAAGUUGUCAAGCAGAAGGAGUAUGGCCCGAAGGUCGAUAUUUGGUCCUUGGGAAUUAUGGCCAUUGAAAUGAUUGAAUCCGAACCGCCCUAUCUAAACGAAGAACCUCUAAAGGCGUUGUACCUAAUCGCCACCAAUGGAACGCCUCGGCUCAAAAAGCCCGAGAAGCUCAGCAAGGAGCUCAAGGCAUUCCUCUCAGUAUGUCUUUGCGUCGAUGUCAAGAGCCGGGCUUCGUCCGAUGAACUACUGGCACACGACUUUUUGAAGCACGGAUGUCCAUUAGGCAGCUUGGCAGAGCUUUUGGCGUUCAAGAAGCACGCGAAAUAA